AUGGUUAAUGUUUUUGGCAAAGUGGCUAUAGAGGAUAUUCCUAGGCAGAAAGCUUCUAAACAAGAUGUCUUAGCAUGGAAAACCAGCUUAGCAAUGUUAGAAGCAAAAUCUAAGCUAUGGCAGCCAGUUGAUCUAUCGAAAGAUACUAACCCUCAUGAUACAUAUAUACGUUGUAUUAUAACUGAGGCAUUUAGAGGUCGCUAUUCAAAGCUUAAUCAAGAAUUUGCUAUUGUGGUAAUUGAUAUGAUGGUUGACCCUACAAUCACAACCACCUCUCUUACUAGUAGAGAAAUUCAAUCUCGAAUGGAAGCCCAGUCUAAACAAAUUAAUAAUGUGUAA